AUGGCUGACGUUGAAGAAUACUUUCCUCGAGGAGGCAAAAAACCAGCAACUACUACUUUUGUCCAAAGCUCCAACUUUUUAGGGACUGCGGAAAAGAAAGAAAAGAAGAAAAGGAAAGAUAAGAAGAAAAAAUCAGAAGAAGAUGAUGGUUAUUUGUCUGAGGAACGUGGACAGGAUGAAGACAAAAUAUCAUAUAAAACUUGUGGGCUGUGGCUUAGUUAUAAGGUAGUUAAGGAAGACUUUCUUAUGUUGGGUCGAGUGGCUCAAGUGAAAGAUACCAAAUUAUCGGUCUCAUUGCCAAGUAGACUUUUUGGUGACGUUAUGGCUUGUCACAUCAGUGAGCCAUAUAAUAAGCAAUUAGAAGCAUUUGUUGAAGAUAAAAUAGAUAAAAUUACAGACCUGUCAAAAAUGUUCAAACCUGGCCAAUAUGUUUGUGUUAAAGCUUUAGAAGCUAGGGACCAGUCACUUAUGUUGACAAUGAUGCCACAACACAUUAACAGUACUAGGAAACAUGGAGAUUUGCAUAAGGGUGCUCUACUCCAAGUGGCUGUGUCAUCAGUUGAGGAUCAUGGAUACAUAAUGGAGACAGGAAUACAGAGCACAACAGCUUUUCUUCCUAAAAAGUCAGCUAAUGCAGAUGUGGAGUAUGAUGUUGGUAUGGUGAUAUGGUGCAGUGUGAAAUCAAUCCAGCAGUCUCCUGACAACAGUGUGCUUACUCUAACAAAUGAAACAGCAACAUUGCAAAAAGCCUUCCAGAGGAUACCGACUACCACCUUACAACCUGGUACAGCUGUUGACUUUAUUGUUGAUAAGGCACUAGAUAACGGAAUAGAGGGUUGUAUAUUUGGAGAUCGAGUUUCGUACAUACAGAGGCAUCAUAUUGACACCAAAAAGAAACCCGCGCUUGGAGCGAAGAUUAGAGCGCGGCUGCUGUAUACACUAUCACCAACAAACGUUCCGUUCUUAACAAUGAAGGACAUAUUCGACCCAACCUGUAUGGAUAUAGGUCAAGAACAACAGUACAAGGAAGGAGCUAUUGUUGAGGAGGCCCAGGUAUUGAAAAUCCUCGGUCGAUGUGUAUACUUUAAAUUGAGUCCUGGUAAUACUGGUAUUCUUAGCAUACGCAGUUUAAAACUCCAAGAAGAUCUAACUGAUGAAGAAGUGCUUGCGAAAUCUUAUUCCAUUGGUAGCACCCACAAAGUUCGUGUUAUGUGUUACCAUUUCUUAGACCGCGUUUAUUCGGUGACCGACCAACCAAAUAUACUUCACGAGAAGUACUUCUCACUUACACAACUCAGUGUGGGCGAAAUGGUGUCGGCAACUAUAACAAGUGUAACCGACACCUAUCUUAAAGCUACUAUUGGCAGAAUUCAAGGUUUUGUACAUCAGACACAUAUGACAGAUGCUGGCAUUUUUAUAGACCCAAAGAAGGCAAGCACCUCAAAACUACCAAAAAAGAAAUUCAAGGUAGGACAAGAGGUGAAGGCUCGCGUAUUAAAUCUAGACCACUUGAAACACAGUGCUGUACUAACACUCAAGCCGACCCUUUUAUCUAAAGACACGCUCGUUUUGCUCAAGUUCGAAGACGCUGUAGCUGGAAAAGCUUUCACUGGAGUUGUAUCGUAUAUACGCGAGUACCUGCUGGUGACGUUCUUCGACAAUAUAAAGGCAAUUAUUCCGAGAAAAUUUGUGAGUAAAGAUCCGUCCGAGAAUACCAAGGAUUCUUUCCAUCUUGGACAACUUGUAACGUGUGUUAUAUUGUUUGUGAAUAGUGAAGAAAAGAAAAUUGUCGCGAGUCUAACCCAUGUCCCAUUUGACCCUGAAACAAAAAACAAUAAGCGUAAACAAGAGAGUCAUGAUAAUGAAACAUCUUCCAAGAAACCAAAAAUGUCCAUCAAUGAUGAUCGAAGUGAUGAAAUAGUUGAUGACGAUAAUACUAAAGCUAAAAAAGAAAAAAAGAAACACCAGGACCAGCCGGUAGUAACUGAGGUCAUAGACUCUGCCAUAAAGGCGGAAAGUGGUAAAGAUAAGAAGAAAAAUAAGACAGUGAAAGAAAGAAAAACAGAGGAAAGUGAAGAAAUAACAGACAACCGCGAAGAUAUAAAACAAAAAAUUAACCAGAGAUAUCUUUACCUUAUUGAGCUGUCUAUUUGUACAAGCCGUGAUGAAUUGACUCGACGAAUAACGGAAUUAUUAAAAUUUGUAAAUAAAAAAGCAAGGUAUCUUGAUACGAUCGUAAAUGAGAUAAAUACAUUAGAAGACCAAGGCUUAAGUCCAAAAAAUAAAAAACAGCAUACUGACUUACACAUAGAACGCUUAAAAAUAGAAGAAGAGAUGACAAAAUUAUUAGACACAGUCAAGUCAGCUCAACAGAUGUUGCGUGAUUCGAAAACGGAAGAUCAAAAUAUAGAGGAUGACAAAAUCUCAGAUGAAAAGAUAGAGAACGUAGAAUCCGAAAUCGUAAAAGAUAAAAAAGAGAAGAAACAAAAAAUAAAAGAAGUUAAAGUAUUAGACAAAUUGGAACCUGUAAUUGAAGUACCCAGUGCUAAGGACUUCUGGUCUGUGGAAAAACCAGUUGAGAAUAAAAUUCAGGCAAAAGAAUCUAGUAGCAGUGAAGAUGAGGAAGAAGAAAAACCUAAAAAGAAGCGCAAGAAGUUAACAUCGUCGGAGAAAGCGACAAAGGCCAGAGAAGAAGAAGAGAGGAUAAGGGAAAUGGAGAAGAAAGCGAUUGAGAGUGAAAAUGAACCGCGCUCUGUCGAACAAUUCCAGCGUGCGUUGCUAGCGAGCCCAGACUGCAGCCAGCUGUGGAUUGCUUUUAUGGCCUUCCAUCUACAGUCAACAGAGAUAGAACGAGCUCGCGGUGUAGCCCGUAAAGCUCUUACAACAAUCAACUUUCGUGAGGAACAAGAACGACUCAAUGUGUGGAUAGCUCUACUCAACUUGGAACAUCGCUUCGGUACUAAGGAAACUCAACAAAAAACCCUCGAAGACGCUCUCCAAAUGAACGACAAGUACCAGGUGCACAGUAAACUGUUAGAGAUCUUAGUUGACACGAGCAAGUACCAGGAGCUGGCGCAGCUCUGUGAUCUAAUGCAGAGGAAAUACCGUCAGCAAGUGGAGAUGUACACGGCCUGUGGAGGUGCGUGUUACAAGGCGGGCCUGUUGGAUAAAGCCAGGCAACUUAUGCAGAAGGGAAUGACUGCGCUUGAGAAGAAGCAACAUGUGCCACUGCUAGUUCAAUUCGCUCAGCUGGAACGAACAGCUGGAGAACGCGAGCGGGCUGAAGCUCUAUUCGAGCAGGUACUUGCAGUUUACCCAGCGCGUGUGGACGUCUGCUGCGCGUAUGUUGACAUGCUGCUAAAGACUGGAGAUGUUACACGGAUCAGGCAAGUAUUGGAAAGGAUGACAGCGCACAAGUUACCAGCACGAAAAAUGAAGGUGUUAUUCAAAAAAUGGAUUGAAGUUGAAGAGAAAUAUGGCGACAAGGAGCAAGCUGAGCAAAUACGACAAAAAGCGCUAGAAUAUGUUAAUAAAGCGACAUUCUAA